AUGUCCGAGACUCCGCGGAUCGUCCCCCUAACAUGCCAUGGCCAUUCACGACCAAUCACUCAUCUGAGCUUCUCAUCCGUCGUAGACGAUGACCAGUAUUACCUAAUCUCGGCUUCCAAAGACAACAACCCCAUGUUGAGAGAUGGCAUCACUGGAGAUUGGAUAGGAACCUUUAUCGGACACAAAGGCGCUGUCUGGUCGUCGAGAUUGUCCUCUGACGCUAAGAUCGCAGCCACGGGAUCUGCCGACUUCACAGCGAGAAUCUGGGAUCCACAAACUGGAGAAUGCCUACAUAUCCUUGAACAUAAACAUAUCGUCCGUGCCGUCGCCUUUCCAGUGCAAGACAAUCCACAGUGUGUGGCCACCGGAGGUCAGGACAAGCGACUGAAGAUUUUCGACCUCACCAGAGGUGGAAGUGCUGCGCCCCAGGCACAAAGCACCUCAUCUCCGACCACCCCAAGCGCCACGGGCGAAGGACUCGAGAUCGGUGCCGACGUACAUGGAGGCACCAUCAAAUCAAUCGUAUGGAACGUCGACUACAAUAUUCUCACAACGGCAUGCGAAGACAAAACCAUCCGGUGGUGGGACUUGAGGAGCCAGCGCAUGAUUACAAGUGUCAAGACGGAGCGUGACAUUGGGUCUUGUGAACUCUCAACCAAUAAAUCUGGGGAUACCGAUCCAGGCAUCAUCAGUGUCGCUGCCGGGCACUCUUGUCUCUUUUUCGCCGCCGGUCGGCCUGGGCAAUUGAUCAAACAGAUCAACUUCGACCAUGAUAUCGCGAGUGCGGCAGUCAAUACCUCCAGUGGCCGCUUCGUCACUGGUGGUGGCAAAGAUACUUGGGUCCGUGUCUGGGACUUUGAACAAGAAAAGGAGCUGGAGGUACUCAAAGGUCAUCACGGUCCCAUCUGGACAGCAGCAUUCUCUCCUGACGGCAAGCUCUAUGCGACUGGCAGUGAAGAUGGCACGAUCAAAUUGUGGAAGGCUUGCAAAGAGCCGUAUGGCCUUUGGCGCUGA